GCUUCUUCUUUUACACCUGACAGACAUGGAAGGGAGUUGUUCAUGGCACGGAGCAAUUGCUUUCGUCUAGGUGGAAGGUCAAAAUAUUAUGGAUACGGGUAUGGUGUCUUCAGUUUCCAGGCGAGGGAAUGUGUGGAAAUUCAUCUAAAGAAAAAGUUUCUGAAGUACAGUGGCAUUUACAUCACCAAUGCGGAAAUUAUGGGAUUACAAGACAAAAAACUACAGAAUAUGUUUCAGGAAGACCGCAUACUGGCAGAAAUAUAUCUGUCCGAAGUUCUUGCAAUGGAAGGUCUGGCUGCCAUUUUCCAGUCUCUAACGAAGUGCGGGUAUGAGGAUGCUGACAAAGAACUGAAGAAGUUUCAAAACAAAUCAAAAUUCAAGGCACAGAAGGAUGCCAUAGAACAAAUUGCAUCAGUAAAAAAAGAACUGGAAAAGAAAUACAGCCCAACCUUUGUAAGCAAGACCUCCCCAAAGGAUAAACUGCUCUAAAAAGACAGACAUUUUCUUUCUUGUUGCAUAAUAACAACAACUCUACAAGAAACUCUCUUUUUUGUAUUUGUACCCCCCCCCCGACAACAAAGUUGUAAGUGGGGGGUAUACUAGUUUCAGGUUGUCUGUCUGUCUGUCCGUAGAUGCAAUCUUGUGCGCACCAUCUCCUUAUCCCCUUGACAGAAUUUAAUGAAACUUCACACAAGUGGUCAGUACCAACAGUAGUUGUGCAUGGGGCAUGUUAGGUUCUUUUAGAAAGAAAAACAUUGCAGAGUUAUGGGACUUUGUUUUUUGUUACUAUACUAUAUACAUAGACACAAUCUUGUGCGCAACAUAUCUCCUCAUCCCCUUGACACAAUUUAAUGAAACUUCACACAAGUGAUCCUAACAACAGUAGUUGUGCAUGGGGCAUGUUAGGUUCUUUCAGCGGAAAAAAUUGCAGAGUUAUUGGACUUUGUUUCUUGUUAACAUACUAUGUACAUACAGUCUGCAUAUGCAAUCUUGUGCGUGCCUAAUCUACCAAACCCUUGCACACAAUUUAAUGAAACUUCACACAAGUGAUCAGUACCAACCCAAGUUGUGCAUGGUGCAUGUUACAUUCUUUUAGAUAAUUAUUCUGCAUAGUUAUGGGACUUUGUUUUUUGUUACUAUACUGUAUACAUACAGUCUUUAUACAUACAGUCCACAAAUUAUGCAAUCUUGUGUGCGUCAAAUUGCAAUGUACUGAGUCAGUGCAUGCGGGGGGUACAUUCAUCACCUUUAAUGAUAGCUCUAGUUCUGAACGUUUCUGAAACAUGUCUGAAUGCCAAUAUCUGAACAUUUUCAGCAGUCUGAAUACUGUCUAAACAGUGUGUUUACAUUCUGACCAUAUAAUAUUUUUUUCUGAACUUUUACUGCAGUGUGUCUCAAAGAUUCAAAAACAAAUUCAGAUUGUUUCAGAAGAUGAAUUUUUAUGAAUUUAUUCUGAAAUAUUUCUGAAAGAUUCAGAAAUAAAUUCAGAUUGUUUCAGUUGAUGAAUUUUUAUGAACUUUUACUGAAAUGUAUCAGAAAGAUAUAGCAACCUUAAAUAUCAAGUUACACCCCUAGGAUGAAAAGAGGCCACAUCAAGGGGUUCACAACUUUUCUUGUUAUUCAAAAGAGUUAACAUUGUAUUAUACAGCUUGAACUCAGGUGAGCGAUAAGCCCACCUUGGUCCUCAAUAAUAUCUGUUAUUAUCAUUAAUAAUAAUAAUAAUAUAGUUAUGUUUAUCUGAUAACUGAUUGCAUACUUAUAGUAAGUAAUAACUUGGAUUGCAAAUAA